AUGAGUUCAAUUAUACAAAAAAGUACGACAGUCGAUAUGGAUUACGUACCCGCAUUAAAAUUAAACUUUUGGCCAACAAAUAUGCAACCAUUUCUUAACCGUUUGAAAAAUCAUCGUCCUUUACUAUAUGAGAAAAUAAAAAAUACCCACAUGCAUCUUGUACCAAAAUGGUCACGCUUAACAUCAUUGUCUAAUCAAGAAUUUGAAUUUCGUUAUUCAUUAUCUGAAAUUGAAGUUAUUCUAGCUGAAAAUCGUAAUAUGAGGGCAAAAUGCUUAAAUGGAAUUGCAAGAUCGAUCUAUUAUAAAUACCUGUACAGAUCGACUGAAUUAACAUCCUAUACUGUAAAAACAACUGCUUUAUGGAUGUGUGAAACAUUUGAAAUUGAUGAAAAAGUGUCUAAUGAUGAACUGGCAUAUAAAUGGAUUGAUUUUAUGUGCAAUCAUUUGGAAAUGGGCUAUUGUCCUCAUUAUUUCGUUGAGAAUUUAAAUAUAUGGCAACAUCACGAACGCGAAGAUUUAAAUAAAGCUCUUGACAUCUUACGAUCGAAAAUUGAUUUAAAUGAUCGAACGAUUCCAACUAACGAUUGUUCUAGAUAUUUUGAUAUAUCACCAUUGAAACUUCUGGAUGAAGAACAAAGUGAUUCCGAAGAACAGACCAUAGAAAAUCUUUCGAAAACAUUUGACGAAGAUUAUAAAGAAUUUCAGCGACAGUGA